ACUGUUUUUUAAUAACCGGAUGUAACCUCAUUGUGACGGCGGUUGAUGCGUCUCGAAGAUCAACAAACAGGUGCUAGCACGUUCCAUGAUCAAGAACAAGAUCUUUUUCACCUUGUACAUAAACGUUCAAAAUGUCCAACUUUAAGAAAACAACCCUGGCAGGAGGUGGGCGCAAGAAGACAGGCCCAAAACCUGAGCUGACAGAGGAGCAAAAACAGGAAAUCCGAGAGGCCUUUGAUCUUUUUGAUGCUGAUGGGUCUGGAACGAUUGACGCAAAAGAACUCAAGGUCGCAAUGAGAGCUUUGGGAUUUGAGCCAAAGAAGGAAGAAAUCAAGAAAUUGAUAUCAGAAAUAGACAAAGAAUCUACAGGAACAAUUGACUUCAAUGACUUUUUGACGUUGAUGACCCACAAAAUGAGUGAAAAAGACUCCAGAGAAGAAAUCCUUAAAGCAUUUCGACUCUUCGAUGACGACGAAACGGGGAAAAUCUCAUUCCGCAACUUGAAGCGAGUGGCAAAAGAAUUGGGCGAGAAUAUGACUGAUGAAGAAUUACAGGAGAUGAUCGACGAAGCAGACAGAGAUGGGGAUGGUGAGAUCAACCAGGAAGAGUUUCUAAGGAUCAUGAAAAAGACAAGUUUAUACUGAAGUCUGCUCUUCCAUAUCCAGGUCUUAAAACAUUCUGUGACAUUUCAUAUUGCAUGUAUGUAGAUGAACUUGCAAAUUGGAUUCUUUGCGAGGUCAUUAGAUUUCCACUACUCUAAAUCAAAUGUAAGGAAUGAAUGCUUAUGUGAUGUUUCUGCACAAAUGUGAAGUAUGUCAGGCUUUGAAAGUUGAGAAGACAUUUAUCAGAAUGUUGUUUCCCAAUUUUACUUAUUUGUACAUCAGUUGCUUCCACACUCCGUUGUCGUGGAAGGAGAUGAAGUGUAAAUAAGUUGUUUUUUUUCCCGUGCAUGAUAAAAGCAUUCCUCUUACACCUUUUUAAAGAAUUGACCAUUACUUUUACUGUAGACAGGCAUUCUGCGUUCUUGUCUUUUUUGCCUUUACACAUUACUGGAUUCUCUUUAUUUGAAAUUUGCUUUUGAAGUGAAGAAAAGGUAUUGGGUGUAAUAGUGAAUGAAAUGGUGACAUAAAACAUUCUAGAUUGUAUUUCGUUAAUAUAAUUGCUCAAAUUUAUUUUUCACCCUUCAGUUCUUUGACUUAUUUUAAAAGUCUGUCUCUCUAUAUAUGAUUUCAUUUGAAAUUCUAAGUUAAUUUGUUUUGUUUUGUUUUUGUAACAAAUGGCUACACCUGAAAUUUUUGCAGUAUAUAUACUAUUGUUUGAGUGGUAAAGUUAAUAUAGGCCUAUAUAUGCUCUGUGUACCUGGGUGUUUCAAGAUUUAUGUCCUUCAUUGCUAUUGUCUUGUGAAUUGUGGUAAACAUUUUCAACAUUUUGUCUCUUGUUACAUAGGACAGAAAUAUUAAUUAUAGUUUGAUUUACAGCCCUAUGACUUCAGAAAACCAUUUUUGCCAACAACAACAAAAUUGUGUGUUCAUUAUUUUUUCAAAUAAAAUCAUUGCAAAAGUAGACAGGUGGUGCGUACAAAAAUGUAGGCUAUUUUGUUAGCAAAGUGAUAUGAAGAUGCACAUUGUCCUCAUCCAUGGCUAAUACUGGUUAAGACCUUGCUAGAUUCCAAGUAUUUUUUUUCUGUCAAGCAAACGUUACCUUACUGUGAUGUUGAAGGAUCUGACAAUAGUGUGCUAGAGCUAUAUCAGCACAGGCAGCUGGCCUUGUUGUGCGGAGCUGUUGUGAGAACUGGAUGCGUGAGAGAUUGUUCGGGAGCUCUGUGAACAAAAUUCUGUAAAUAAAUGUUGUCUGUAUCAU